UGGAGUCUUUCCCAUCAUGCAAUCCUGGUCGGAAAUGGAAAAGCCUGGCCAAGGUGGAGCAGUUUUUUCUUUGUGCACGUAUUUUUUCCCCCUAGAUUUCAGCCACUUAACUAAAUCUAAGUCUCGACGACGUGUCCAGCAUUAGCCACAUUACGGACUCAAACAUCAGUCUUCAAGUCUGGGCACUCGUUGACGUUUUGUCGGCUACUUUAGCCUAUCCUAGCCGGCUAACCGCUAACAAAGCUGUAAGGAACGUCGUCAAGCGUUCAGAAAUUAAGUGAGAAAUAUGUUCGCGAGAACUACACCGGCUGCAGAAAAGUUCGAAGAGGAACUUUGUGGAGUAAAACAGGAGCCCCGACGUCACCAUGAUUCGACUGAUUGCAAAAUAAUGCACGCAAAGGUGGUUCUUCGCAGACUCGAAGAUUUAUAUGUCAGCCAAGCCCUCCAGUCUUCAUGCGUCAAAGGGGAGGAGGAAGAGUCGCAAUGCUUCAAGGUGGAGGAAAAGUCCGUUCACAUUCAAGGAUUAAAAAAAUAUCUUGGUGCUGAGCCAGAAUCUCCUGACGUAAAAGAGGAUGUUGAGCUCCCUCAAAUCAAAGAGGAGGAGGACCCAGAGCCCUGUCAACAGAAGCAGCUUCCAAUCAAAAAGGAGGAGGAGGAGCUGCCAUCUGGUAAAGAGGAGGAGGAGCAUAUCACCAGAUUGACUGGUGAGCCCUUGAAGAGUGAAGAUGGUCCGAGUGAGGCAAGCAGAGGGCCGGAGCCUCCAAGCGGCAGCAGCUCAACAGAAGGAUUGCAAGCAGACAUUGACAUCGCUCCAUCAGACAGAGAUAGCGCCACGUCACACUCACCUUACAAUGAUGAUGGUCAUAAGACAUCUCACGGUGACGACAAACUAUGCAAAUGCUCUCAGUGUGGGAAAACCUUUGCUAAUAAGUAUACUUGUCGGACGCAUAUGAAGAGCCACACUGGUGAAAAACCGUUUGUCUGCUCAGUUUGUCAUCAAAGAUUCACUCAAAAGCAAACCUUGAAACAACACGAAAGAACCCACACUGGCGAAAAACCUUUUACGUGCUCAAUUUGUGAUCAAACAUUCAGUCACAAGCGAUCCUUAAGACGACACACAAGAACCCACACUGGUGAAAAACCUUUUUUCUGCUCAGUUUGUGAUCAAAGAUUUGCUUGGAAGCAACAAUUAAAAGAACACACAAGAACCCACACUGGCGAAAAACCUUUUUUCUGCUCGGUUUGUGAUCAAACAUUUGCUUGGAAGCAACAUUUAAAAGAACACACAAGAACCCACACUGGCGAAAAACCUUUUGCAUGCUCAAUUUGUGAUCAAAAAUUCUGGCACUACAGCAACUUGAUAUUCCACACAAGAAUCCACACUGGUGAAAAGUCUUUUUCCUGCUCUGUUUGUGGAAAAGGUUUUGUUCAGGAGGGAAACUUAAGAAAACACACAAGAACCCACACUGGCGAAAAACCUUUUUCCUGCUCCGUUUGCGGCCAGAGAUUCUCUGAGAAGGGAAACCUAAAACAACACACAAGAAUCCACACUGGCGAAAAACCUUUUUCCUGCUCAGUUUGUGAUCAAAGAUUCGCUCAGAAGAAACACUUAAAAAGACACACAAGAACCCACACUGGUGAAAAACCUUUUUCCUGCUCAGUUUGUGGUAAAAAAUUCCCUCGGAAGGAAGGGAUGAAGAGACACGUGUGUGUUGGUGUGAUAAGCAAAGGCCAAUGACUGUUUUGCAUGUCCUCCAUGCUGGCUUCAUCAGAUUUUGCACACAUGACGAUUGUUUUCCGUAAAACUUCCAUGAAUCCUAUUGAGGAUUGGCACUUUUGGUGCCUUGCUUUGUCCAAUUGUUGUAUGAUGUACAUCCACCUUAUUGCCUAAACCUCAGCUGAUUGCACGCUCUCAAGUUUGUCAUGUCUGUGUGCCUUCUCAGUUGUUUUUCUUUUCUUUCCUGUGCAUGAUUCAGCUGCAUGGGCAGGGCUGUUCAGCACAUCUCUGUCACGUUAGGAGCGCUCAUUAUUUAAAGACUCCUGUGUGUGCGAGUGUCGGACUUUUGCUUUCUUUGUUUUACUUGACUUGUUUACUUUGUUUUUGGCCUUUUCUGGCCAUCGACGCCUUUCCCUUGGUUCUCUCGCCGACUCGGUUCGUGCCUCUUUUUGUUUGUAUUUUUUCCUCACGUGUUCUGGCGUGCUCCCUUGGUUUUUUUUUGUAAUAAAUUCUCCACAAACUUCCUCGUCUGUGUUAGAUCCAUAUUAGAUCCAUAUUAUACGGCUCGCCGUUUUAUUACAAAAGUUGCGUCAUUUAUAACGUACUGCCCCUUUCAAACUACACUUUUCACAUUUAAUAUUUGAAACAUUUAUUCGUUUUCCAUGCCGCUUUUCCUCACGAGGGUUGAGGAGGAGAUGGAGCCUAUCCCAGCUGACUACGGGCAGUAGGCAGGGUACACCCUGAACGGGUUGCCAGCCAGUCGCAGGGCACAAGGGGACAUACAACCAUUCACGCACACAUUCAUACCUACGGACAAUUUAGAGUGUUCAAUCAGCCUACCACGCAUGUUUUUGAGAUGUGGGAGGAAACUGGAGUUCUCGGAGAAAACCCACACAGGCACGAGGGGAACAUGCCAUCUCCACACAGGAAGGCCGGAGCCUGGGAUUGAACCCCUGAUUUUAAAACAUUUUUGAAACAGCAGACCCCAAAUUCCCCCCAAAAAAUCCAAAUUCAUUCAAAGUACUGUCAUCAAAUAAAUAUGGAAAAUUAGAAUAUAUUGUCACUUGUUUAUUUUUAUUUUUAUUUUUUUAAUUCAGUCCACUGCAUUUAAAUGUACUUUUCAUCUUUUAUCCUAGUAUUCGUUGAAAAGAAAUUGUGAGUAACUGCUUACAACUUCUGAUUUAGAAUAGAAAAAAAAAAAAAAAAGGUAUUUAUAGAUUUAUUUAUUUUGUGAUUUUGUUUGUUAAACAUUUUUUUUUGUUUCAGCACAACUUCAUCUACAUGAACUUUUAUUAUAAGUAUAGUAUAGAAUUACGGAGCCCCGAAUGGGACCUGGAAGAAGAAGAAAAAAAAAAGAGGGAAAAUGACGUUGACGUUAAAAAAAAAAGUGCCCUUUAAAGGGUAUGACAACACCUGGGGAAAUGCUAAUAUUCCAUCAUUUAUCCAUCAACGCAUGCCUUUUGAAUUCAUAUCAUGCCACUUCGUGUAAUUACACACAUAGCAACACCAAGAAAAUGAUAGAAAUUACCGUAUUUUUCGGACUGUAAGUCGCGUUUUUUUUUUUUUUUUCAUAUUUUGGCUGGGGGUGCGACUUAUACUCAGGAGUGACUUAUGUGUGGAUUUAUUAACACAUGAUAUAAUUUCACGUUAUUUUGGUGUUUUGCAGUGACACCGAUGGUUUUGUAAAGUUGUUAGCAUGUUCUUAUUCUAUAGUUAUCUGAAUAACUCUUUUUUUUUAGCUAUGGCCACGUUCGCAUGUUCAAUUGUAUUAUUGACUUUUUUAUCUUGAAAUGGAUGCAUUUAGUUUGUGGCGCUUUCACGCCCACGUGAGGGCACACUCGCACUUGUUUACGUGAAGAAGAGUGCUCACACGCCAGAAGAAGAUGGACAGCUACGUAGCUCUGAGUGAGUGAGUGGGCGAGUUAGCCAGAGAGAAUAGACGGCUGCGAACCUACUUUCAUUGUUUAUGCUUUUAAAUCAUCUCUACAGAGGCAACGCCUGCGUGUAUCAUCUUUUCUGUUGUUGUUGUGUGUUUUCCACCCGCGAUCGGACACUUAGAGCCAGUUCUGUGGUUGUUUGAACGAUGUGCUAAUGAUAGCGAACGCAUGCUAACCUGUUACUUAUUACUAAUAGUACCUAAUUAUCAUUUAUUUACGUUGAUGCGAACCUGUUUUCUAUCGAGGACCAAAUUGAUUCAGCAAAUUAUACGGACAUCCAGCAUUGUCUUUUGGGAGUUCGCUGUAUAGCCAGGACCGAGCCGUAGCGUAGGACAGUAUAUUCACAUUUCGUUGUUCAUGCACUGUACAUUUAUUUAGCAUGUUGUUCUAUAUUAUAUUUUUAUAUUAAAUUGCCUUUCAAGAUGACAUGUCUGUUCUAUGUGUUGGAUUUUAUCAAGUAAAUUUCCCCCAAAAAUUCGACUUAUACUCCGGUGCGACUUGUACAUGUUUUUUUUCUCUUCGUUGGGCAUUUUAUGGCUGGAUCGACUUAUACUCAGGAGCGACUUGUAGUCCGAAAAAUACGGUAGAUCGAUUGUCAAGCUAAAAGGACCCACCCCCAAGAUGCCGGAAAUCUAGCAUAUUGUGUGCGUGACGUCACUAUAGGGAAACAACCGGCUCAGUGCUUAGUACUGAAUGGCGGCGACGAUGGCGGACAAUUUUGUUUCUAGUUGCAGCGACGAAUCCGACGUAACGAACAUUCUUCUAAUGGUGACGAGGAGAGUUAUGAACCUUUCUUUGGUGUUUCGGGUUAUCAAUUUGAGCCCAAACGAAAGCCAUUGCAGCGUAAUGAAAGGAUUAUUGAGGGGAGCAAUCACACUGAUGAAACACCGGCGGCAACAGCAACACCGAAUGGUUUGUUUUGCAUUUCUUUUUGUGAAGCUGAUACACCGUGACCACAAAAUAAUGUAUUGAAUUAUUAUUAUCAUUUAAUGUGCUAUCAUCGGUUUUCGCUCUGCCAACUGACACAAAUAUGAACUGGAUUAGAGGAUUUGUUCUAUAUAUUUUACGAGCGAUAAUUUAUCCAUGUGUGGGGGUGGCGUGGCUCAGUGGUAGAGUAGUUGUCCCCCAACCCAGAGGUUGUGGGUUCGAUUCUUCACCCUGAUGAACUCACCUAAGUAUCCUUGAGCAAGAUACUGAACCCCACGUUGCUCCUGGUGCUGUGUCACCAGUAGGUGAAUGGCGAGAUAGUGUAAAGCGCUUUGAGCGCCUUGAUAAGGUGGAAAAGCGCAAUAUAAGUAUAACACCAUUUACCAUGUGUCCAGUCCUAAAUCCAAUUCGUGAUAUGUUUU